AUGAACGAUGAUGAGGGAUUUAUUUCUGAAGAAUCAGAUUAAAAUAAUUAUUAAUUAAAACUACCCAAAGACCUCUUUAUUGACACAUCCGUCAACAUCCAAACACCCCUACAUAAUAUUGAACAAAAAUGUGUCUAUUUAAAACACAAGCAAACCACCUCAUACAAUUUCAAAUACCAUUUCAAUGGAUUGCUACUAGACGACAACAAAUUCAUCAAGUCACAACCAAUCAUAACCAAUGGAAUGUUCAAUUCCAAUUUCGAAUCAGCCAAUCUUUAUGCUGCUUACGAGAUAAAGGACAACGAAUUUAAUUUAAUUUUAUAAGAUGAUACAAAUACAAUGGGCUAUUCCCAAUGGUUCUAUUUCGAAGUCAAUAACCCUCAAGGCCAAGUCCUCACCUUCCACAUCAUCAAUCUGGUAAAUACCCUUAAUCUUAUAUAGAUCAAAGAAUACAAAUCCUUAAAAUAUGGUCUCUCCGUCAUGAUCAAGGAUGGAUUCAAAUGGGAAACCUUGGAAACCAACGUCAAACUCAAAUCCUCCCAAUACUAUAAAUUGAAGUAUCCCACACACAUGUGUAAAUUAUACCAACUCUCAGUCAUCAUACCCUCAAAACACAAAAAGUUCAAACUGUCUCUUAACUAUCCCUACACCAAUACCGAUCUAUAUGCCUUCCUUAAAAAUGAUUACUAAAUCCUCACCACCUCCCUCUCCGGCUUCAAAAUUCCCAUCCUCAGAUAUGGUUCACCAAAUAACGAUGUUAUAGUCGUCAUAGCUCGCUAACAUCCUGGAGAAACUGUAUCAUCUUUUGUUUGCUAAGGCUUUUUGAGCAGUCUUGACAAAGAUGAAGUCCUAACUCAAAGGUUUCACUUCAUUAUCAUUCCCCUCUUUAAUCCAGAUGGAGUUGAUUGCGGAAAUUUUAGAUGCGAUUUGAGUGGGAAGGACUUGAAUCGAUAAUGGCAUAAACCUAACCCCUAAUUGCAUUCUUAGAUUAUCGAAACCAAAAAUCUUUUGAAAAAUAUCAUUCAAACAAGGAACAUUGUUUGCUUUGUAGAUUUGCAUGGACAUUCUAAAAAAUUAAACUCAUUCAUGUACACUUGCAGAGGAGACUAAGAUGUAGUCUAAUGCAGGAUAUUACCAUAUAUAUUUAAAACCACUAGCAAGUUCUUUGAUUUCAAUUCCUGCACCUUCUCACUUGAACCCUGCAAAAUGAAAACUGCUCGAGCAUUCGUUUAUAAACUAGUUAAGAAACAUUUUCCUAAUGAAAUUCAUGACAUAUUUACUUUAGAGACCAGCUUUUUUGGAUAUAAUGAGUUUUAUUAAAUCAAGUAAUUCACUCAAUCAGAUCUCUUGCAAAUUGGUUAGGAUCUGUAUAAAAGUCUACUACUCUACUAUACAAAUGUUAAUUUAAAAUAACAGGUUGCAAUCGAAUUGGAAAAGAACAGGCAAUAAUACACUAAUCAAGACCUCUAUAGUACUGAAGACUAAAGCGAUUCAGAUCCUGAAAAUGGUAUGAUUGUAUAAAAACAGCCCAAACAAAAGAAGAGAUUUGAAAAGAAGGUUUCCAUUAAGAAGGAAAUCAGUUUCAUUAAGAAAUUGCAACAACCCUAAUUAAAUUCCUUUAACAAUCAGAAUUACGAGAAUAUUCGGUAUUUUUCUAUGCCCAAAAGUAAGAUUGAAAAGAGAUAAAUGAAGAGUUCAAGCUUCCAUUAAUAAAUGAAUAUCACUUAAUCACAAAUAAAGGACAUCUCAGUUGACAUUACUCCUACCAACAAGUUUAAAUUGAAGACUCAAUAAUCUAAUAAUAAUUAAGAAAUGGAACAGAGCCAGCAAUAAAUAUUAAUACCCUCCUAAAAAAAAUAGAAUUUCCAGUUUCAGAAAACUAAUUUUGUGCCUCCGAUUCAUAAUGGAUUGUCAAUCAAAGUGGUUCAUAAUAAAAUAAAGAGUGAUUAGAUUUAAUAACAAUAAUAAUAGUAAUUAACUUUUUAAUAAUAAUAAAUACGACUUAAUCAAUCAUUUCAAAGUACUUAAUAUAACAGUCCAGAAAAUAAGAAUUUAGCAGUAAUAUCAAAAUCAAUAUAGAAAAAAGAUACAUGGGAUCCAAGAUUAAUAUUUGAAUUCACACAAAAAGUAAAACGAAAGAACACAUAAAAUAAAUUUAAUUGA